UUGGGUGUGUUAUAUAUUGAGCCGUUUUUUUCUUUCCCUUUUCCACUAUAUAGUAAUUUAUCAUAAACUUUUUAAUACGUAUCUCUGUUAAACUGACCUAGACACUUUGAGGGCUUUGCCUUUGAGCUAUUUGUCUCUGUUUUGUUUCCCAAGUUCCAACUGUACAACUGAGGGAGAGAGAGAGAGAGAUAAUAAGUUGCAAGAAACGAGGACUGGGAGAUUAGAAUGGCUAGGGUUUGAUUUUCAUCGGGAAGGAAACAAGUUGCAGAGGUACACGUUAACGCGUGCACCCUACUACCUUCUUCUCUCUUUCUUUCUCUUUCUAUCUCUGUCUAACCCUUUACAGUAUAUGUGAUUUUAUGUAAGUAAGAGAGAGACAAGGAAAGGCAGACUAGUUCAUCAUAUAUAUAUUGUUAGAUAUUUAGAGAGAGAUAGAGAGAGCUGUUUGUGCAUAGGAAGGAAGAAGAAAAUUAAGAAAAAGUACACAUUUCCGAGGGAGAGGUGUCUGAUCUGAUUAUCUACCUUUUUACAGUAAAACCAGGCCAAGACAUAUUUGAGAGGGAAAACCCCUCCCAAAACACAAAAAAACAAAAGUGAAAAAAAAAAAAAUAUAACCCCUCUUUGUAAUUUUUUGAGUAGCUAUAGCAUAGGAUAGCAGGCAACUCUGCAAACUUUAGGAUUUUCUGUAAAAAGACUCGGUUUUUUUAGCUUAAAACCCGGGAGGACUCUAGCUAGGGAGCAGAGAGAAAAGGAAUUUAUGGGUUUAACUGAGAGAUAAUCAGGGGUGUAGCUGAUUAGUUAAUACAUUAAUAAUAUUAUUAUUGUAUCGUUUGUAUAUACAUAUGUUUUAUGUAAUAUGGAUCAGUUUGGGGAGAAGAGUGGUACUAGCACCAGUGGAGUUUCUAGUUCGAUGUUGAUGAUGAAUAAAAAUAGGGAUAACAACAACAACAACAACAACAUGCCUCUAUCUUUUGCCACUGGCAACCAUAGGGUCACGGGCGCCGAGAUCAAUAUUCCUCAAGACAGUCGCACUAAUGGUAAUUAUAGUAAGCAUUUCUACACUGAGAACAACAACACUACUACUGCUACUACUAGUAAUUCUUCAUCUUCUGCAAAGAUGAGAGCCAAGAUUAUGGCUCAUCCUCUCUUCCCUCGUCUCUUGACCGCCUAUGCCAAUUGUCAGAAGGUUGGGGCACCUCCAGAAGUGGUGGCUAGGUUAGAGGAGGAGUUUAAUUAUAAUUACAAUAAUAUUUCAAGAAGCACAAGUGGGGCUUGCUCAGGUGAAGAUAACCAACCAGACCCAGCUCUGGACCAGUUCAUGGAAGCCUACUGUGAGAUGCUGACCAAAUAUGAAGAAGAGCUAACAAAACCUUUUAAAGAAGCCAUGCUCUUUCUCUCAAGAGUAGAGUGCCAGCUCAAAGCCCUAACCGUUUCUUCCACCACAGAUUCUGGUUUGGGUGGACAAAAUGGAUCUUCAGAAGAGGAAUUGGAGAUGAAUGAAGAUGGUUUCAUAGAUCCUCAAGCAGAAGAUAAGGAGUUGAAAGUUCAGCUGUUGCGCAAGUACAGCGGAUACCUUGGCAGUCUCAAGCAGGAAUUUCUCAAGAAGAAAAAGAAUGGGAAGCUACCAAAGGAAGCCAGGCAGCAGUUGCUGGAGUGGUGGAGUAGACACUACAAGUGGCCUUAUCCUUCUGAGGCUCAAAAACUAGCCCUGGCAGAAAGUACAGGCCUGGAUUUGAAACAGAUAAACAACUGGUUUAUAAACCAGAGAAAGCGCCACUGGAAGCCAUCGGAGGACAUGCAAUUCGUGGUGAUGGAUGCUGCGCAUCCCGGUCACUACUACAUGGACAACAUCAUGUACAAUCCUUUCUCUAUGGAUACAAUCCUUUAAUGAUGCAUUUUCUUACCCUCACUCUUGUUUGACUGGGUUUGUGUUGAUGUUUUUAUAAUAUAGGCUCGAACUAAAACUUUGUAAUACAGCCAACAAAUUUGUGUUUUUCUUCUUUCUUUAUUUUUUCCAAGUUGAGAUCGAUCUAAUAGACUAACCAAUUAUAGCUUUAUCCCUUGUUAAUUGGUUGGUGUGGAUUUAAUCCUUUGAAUCAUGUUAUAUAAUACGGUUUGAGUCAAAUUUUGGUUAAUCAAGUGGACCAAAUCUUGUUUUUGA